AUGACAUUGUACUCUAAUAAUGACGAUGAGCGAACAAGCAGCCAGGAGUCCGAAGAGAGCAGCGAAGAUCCCUUCUUUUUCAGCAGCCCCGAUACCUCAGAUGCCUUCGCUCAAAGCGGAUCUUCCGUCACUACGAAUGCGCUCCCAUCUGAUCCGCUGGGUCCUGAUACUGGUUCCGGCUCCGAUACUGACGUGGACACGGACUCCAACGACUCGGACGGUUUCGAUGAUCAAGUCUCUGUUGACAAUUAUCUCUCAGACGAACCUUACUACUCGGAAUACGACGAAGAGCUCAAUGUUCUCCACGGUGCCCAGAUCGCCGGUCUCUCUUCCUUUCAUUCUCGCAUCGAUCUCGAGGUUUUUCUGGCCGAGGAUGAAGAUGAGGCUGAAGACUUGCCAGAGAUGCAGAUGGCCGUCGACAGAGAUUCUUUCGAGCACUGGUUUGGGACUGAUGGUGCUGUCGAUGUUGAGCUCGAUGGCGCUCGGCUUCGCUGCACUGGGGAGCUGUUUGAUCCCGAUGAGAUCGCGGGUUCGUCUUCAUCUGAAGACGAGGACGAAGAAAUGGAUGUCUUGGUCUAUGAAUAA